CAGCAAUAGGCAAUAAGUUUGACUUUGAGAAAGUCAGUGGGGCAGGGGCUCGGGGUUUCCUUCUCUCCGGGUUUAUUAUCGCAGCCUGAUCGCGGUGCGGAGUUUUAUUGUGAUUAAUAACUUGCUUUCGAGGUGGGCAUUUUCAAGGAGCAGGAUUUGAAAUUCAUCUCUCAGCUCUCUUGAUGGAGUCCUAUAAAGUCGGUGGCCUUCCAAAUACCGGACUACAAUCGAGCUACACUCACCCUGCACGCCCAAGAGGCCAAAAUAAAAGCGGCUAUGGCCUCAGUAUCAGGGUCCAAGGCAUAGACGGACACCCGUAUGUUGUUCUAAAUAAUCAAGAACGAGAACUCAACCCUUAUGCAGCCCCCACCAACAAUAAUGGGUUCAAUGACACUGAAAGGUCCUUUAUUGAUAACUUUCAGGAAUACGACUUCAAGAAAACCAGGGAAAGUCUCUCUGAUAACCCCUUCGCUGAAUACCGAGCCCAGCAUCAGGUUCCGUAUGUCAACCCUUACAGUGAUCUCUCUGAACCCAGAGACGCUCAGGCAAAGAAACCGUCCAGUCUGCUAAACUUCCAAAAGCAUCCAGAGCUCCUCAAGCCUUAUGACCCAGAGCGUAAUGUGCUUGGUGACCUGCACAGCAUUUCACCUCAGCCUCUUUCUGCUGCUGAGAGUAGAAACGCAUAUCCAGGCUCUCUGCCGAGAACAAACUCUCCAGGCUCCAAAUCAUCUACCCCGGAACAACCCAGAAGCACAGAUCCACCAGCACAGGACAUAAGAAAGUGGGCUCAGCCUCAUUCUCUUCCUCAAACGUACUCAUCUAGGGUCCAGCUUCAAAAGGAUUUAUCUAAACCCCAGUCUCAAGCCAAACCUCCAGCCCAAGCACAAUCCUCAAUUAAACCUCAAUCACAGUCUCAAGUUCAGCCACCGUCUACUUUCCAGGCUCCCUCCCAGCGACUUCCGGUUCCACAGGUGUCUUCUACAACCAGUGUUCCUGGAGAACCAUUUUCCAACAGAACUCCGAGUACAACCAGCAGUACAAACUCCAGUCUGGAGCGAAGGCACAGGGAGCCAGACAUACUUCCCUUAAGAAGAACCGACUCCAGUGGCCCUGUGCUUCAGUCCUCGCGCUCUCGUAAUUCAUCCAUAUCUUCUACCACUCCUACCAAGGAGGAGCAGUUUGAGGCACUAUACGCGGACAGCAUUAAUCGCCACGAGAACCGCCGCUACAUCCCUUUCCUGCCUGGAACGGGCCGAGACAUAGACACUGGCUCCAUCCCAGGAGUAGACGAGCUCAUCAGUAAGUUUGAUGGAAAAGAAAGCCACCAGAGACGAGGACGUACUGGUCGGAGGAACCGCAUCAACCCGGAAGAUCGCAAACGUUCCCGUAGCGUCGAUAGCGCGUUGCCUUUUGGCCUUCAGGGAGACACCGAGUAUUUGGACGAGGUGAGUCGUAACCGAGGAAGGUCUAAUGAGCACGUCCUGAAGCCCUCGCAACUUUUACAGAAGUCUCCGUUUUCCUCUAUUGGACGAAGGACGGCUUACAGAGAAGUGGCCCAGAAGCGGAUCAGCAGCGAACCAGGAUCUCCCCAAGGAGCGAUGCCUAGCGUCGCAGAUUCCUUCAUAGGCUAUAAGAAACCACUGAUUCGGCCCUCCGUUCUCCCUGUUGUGGAUCACAAGGGAACAGAGGCCAAGAAAAUGCAGCAAAGCACGAAAACUGUGACCAGCGUGGCUACAAUGUCUUUGUUUAAAGCGGCUCCAAGCUGCGAUAAGAAGGCAAAUGAAAUGGUUGCUGAGACAACACCUGAUCUUCUGAAAGGCCAACAAGAGCUUUCACAACAAACGCAUGAAGAGACGGCCAAGCAGAUCUUAUUUAACUACCUCAAAGAUGGGAGCGGUGACAGCGACGACACCACCAAGAGGAAGGUCAACCUGGUGUUUGAGAAAAUCCAGACCCUGAAGUCACGGGCCACUGGAAGCAUGCAAGCGGAGACCAAAUCUCCAGACCUUUCAGCCCAGGCCAAAGCCCUGCAGGAGCAGAAGGAGAGACUGGAAAAAGAGGUCACAAGUCUGAAAAAACAGCUAGAGGAUGAAAGCAAGAAGCGAAAGGGGUUGACUGAGAUGCAGGAAAAGGCUGGAGCUGGAGCUAAGAACCUGCAAAAAGAGCUGGAAUUUAAUCAGGCUGAAUGUAACAAACUGAAGGACAAGUUGGUUAAAACCGAGGCUGAUCUACGCACCACGCUGGAAGAGCUUUUCCAGGUGAAGAUGGAAAGAGAACAGUAUCAGACUGAGAUCAGGGACCUGCAGGACCAGCUCUCUGAGAUGCACGAUGAGCUGGACGGAGCCAAACGCUUGCAAUCAGACAGUGCGGAGAAAGAGUCCAUGAUGGAGGACCUCAUGCAGCUGAAGUUGGAGCUACAGGAAGCAGUGCUGGUGAAAGAGGAGCAAGAGGAUGUGCUGAGGAGGCGCGAGCGGGAGCUGACCGCCCUGAAGGGGGCGCUCAAGGAGGAGGUGUCGUCUCAUGACCAGGAGGUGGAUAAACUGAGGGAGCAAUACGAAAAGGAGACCCGAAAACUGCAGGCAUCUUUGGAGGAAAUUAAACAGAGUAAUGCAGCAGUGUCUAAAGAGAAGUCGGAGGUGGAGGCGGCGAAGGGGGCGGCAGAGAGCCAGGCAGGACGGCUCUCGCAGGAGGUCGAGCGCUUGAGGAGGAGAGUGCAGGAGCUGGAGAACGAGGUGACCAGGCUCAACCGCAUCGUCGACGAGGCCAAGCAGCAUGAGAGCAGGCUGGAGGAGAAAGUCCGACGCUUGGAUAAGGAGAAGAGGCAAGUCGAGGAGUCUCUCAAUGAAAUCAAGGAAGAAGAAGAAGAAAUGAGCCGUGCAAAUCGAGCUCUGACCACACGCUUGGAAGACGUACAGAGAAGUUUGACCAAACUGACCCAGGAGCACAAGGACCUAGAGGAACAUCUAAAGGAGGAAAAGAGUCAGAAGGAGCUGUUUAGAAACACAAAGAAUGAGAUUGAGGAGGAGAGGAGACUGCUAGACCGCACUGUGGAAAAGCUACAGAGGGAGAUGUGCGAGAUCGUGGAGGCAUCUCAAUUCUCGACACAGGAGCUGCAGGAGCAGAUCGACACCUACAAGGAGAAGAACAGGAGGGAGCUGGCUGAGCUCCAGAGGCAGCUGCGAGACGGGGGGCUGGAGCUGGAGAAAUCUCGCAUCGCUGCCAAGUCCCUGCAAGAGGAGGUGAGCCAGUUGGAAGAAGACCUGCGGCUUUGUAAGCGAGAGAGAGACGAGGAGGAAGAGCGAGUGAAAUCUUUACAACAAAAGGUCUUUGAGCUGGAGUUGGAUGCAGACACCAAAGUGCAGAGUAACGACAAAGCCAGACAAAUCAAACUGUUGGAGGAGCAGAUAUCGCAUAUGGAGCUGGAACUGGAUGAGGAAAGACAGAAUGGGGACCUGCUAAUGGAAAGAAUCGAUCGAGGCAGAGAACAGAUGGAGCAGUUGAGGAGUGAGUUGCUGCAAGAGAGAGCCAGCAAACAAGACUUGGAGUGCGAUAAGAUCGCCAUGGAAAGACAGAAUAAGGACCUAAAGAGCAGAAUAUCUCAUCUGGAAAGCUCACAGAAAUCUACUAAAGAGGGGCUGGUGACCCAGCUAGAGAGCCGUAUCCAGGAGCUAGAGGAGAGACUGGAAGCAGAAGAAAGGGACCGGGCAAACCUUCAGCUGGCGAACCGUAGGUUAGAGCGCAAAGUGAAGGAGAUGGUGAUGCAGAUGGAUGAGGAGCAGCAUGCAUUACAGGAUCAGAAAGACCAGCUGAACCUGCGUCUGAAGGCUCUAAAGAGACAGAUGGACGAGGCCGAGGAGGAGAUCGACCGACUGGAGCAUGGUAAAAAGAAGCUACAGAGGGACCUCGAGGAACAGCAGGAGGCCAACGAACAGCUCCAGAACCAACUCAAAGCAUUACGCAGUGAAAUAAGACGAAAGAGCAGCUCGGGUCCACUCGUUAACACCAUGGACGAGGAUGAAGACGACGACGAUGACCUCAGCGCCGACGGAGACACCUACUUCAGCUCGUCGUCUGGGUAUAAACGCUCCAGCAGUCAGGACGCCAUCAUCAACACGUUCUCCCUCUGAGUGGAGGACAUGGUGAAGGUUUAUUCUCCAGUACCUGUGUUUAAUGUAAUGUAUUGUAAGUGCAUCGAUCGAGUAUAAAAAAAACCGCCAUACUUCAAAAGCUGUGCCUUUUUAAAGCAUCAAUGUUAAGGUCAAGGUUUGGGGGGAGUAAGAGGAGGAGGAGGAUGAGGAUGAUGAUGAUGAUGAUGACGGCCGCUUUGUUAAAUUGUGAAAUUCUGUAAUUUAUUAAUCACCAGGAAAAUGAAGUAAGAAAUUAUUGAAGGCAGUAAACAUCACUGAAUCUUUUACAUACAUUUUAAAUCUAUAUAUAUAUGUAUUGGGUUUAUAUCACUCACAAUAUCUGGACAAAAGUAUUAGGACACCUGAUGUUUCCAGCCAUAUGUGGUUCUUUUCUUAAACGUUGGAGUCGCACGAUCAUAUAGGACAUCUUUGGAAGCAUUAUAAACGUGUUUUUUGAAGUGGAAGAACCCUGUUGAACACAGACUGCACCCCCCAGGCCUCCUCACCUCCCCUCCAUCGGUACCUGACCUUUCCUAACACCCUUGUGGUUGAACAUAAAAUCUCCACAAAAUCUAGUGGAACAUCUUUCCAGAAGAGUGGAGGUUAUAAUAAUGUUCAAAAAAAGCACACACAAAUCAUGCUCAGGUGUCCACAAACUUUUGUCUAUAUAGUGUCGACCUCCAACAGUUUCCUUGUUCUUUUACAACAAUCAAAUUAUAUAUAUACAUAUAUACAGUACAGACCAAAAGUAUGGACACACCUUCUCAUUCAAAGA